AUGUUUGGCGCUCAUUAAUAAAGAGUAGGAUUUAUCAACUGCUAUCCUUAGUAAGAAGAUGAUGAACACUCUAUUACUUUGUAAGCUACGAGAACUCAAUCAGCUAAAGAUUUUUAAAAUGUCAUUUAAUAGAAAGAUAUAUAACCCUAAUAGGUUCAUCAAAUAGUGAUAAAUAUUUAAGAGUCAAAUUGGAAUGAUGAACUUUCAACUGCUGUUUCUUGCUAUUUAAAAUAGCUUUUAAAUCUCUAAGAUUUCAGCUUAAAUUUGUCAAAUAGCAAUAUAUAAAACUAGCAAUUACAAACAAUUCUUUCAGGUUUGACCUCCUUAAAAUUAAUUGAUAAAUUUGUUUUACGUAUUCAUAAAUGCUCCCAUUUAAGUUAAGGAUAUCUAUAGAUUAUUUUCAAAUAUCUUCAGAGUUCAAAAGCAUUAAAAUUUGUAUAAAUUUUUAAUGGUGAGAAUUAAUCAAAUGGAAGUGAUUACAAAACAUUAGCAGAUUUUCUAAUUGGAAACACUGUUCUUGAGGAGUUGAAUCUACAAUCGUUUGAAAACAGCUACGAUUCAGAAGCUCACUCAUAUUUAUGCAGAGCUUUAGCUAAAAAUAAUCAUCUUUAAAAACUAGUUUUGUAAACAAUAGUAGAGCCUCCAAAAUUCUGGGAUAAUUUAGUAGAAAAUCUAAGUGUCAACUCCUCUCUUCAGAAUUUAUUUAUAAGAUUCUUGGGAGGCGGUAAUGACAAAAAGCUUGCUGUAGCUCUUAAUAAUUUAUAUAAAACAAUAACUCCAGUUAUAAUUACAGUCAAUUCACCUCACAGCUCUAUAUAAAACUUUAGAUAGUUGUAAGAAAUAAAGUAAGAAAUGUUUUUACAAUUAACUGUAUUCUCCAUUCUUAUCAAGCCUGCCUUAGCAGUAAACCCUUCUCAAAUAGCUGCAGAUUUAUAUUAUGAUUGA